AUGGCAUCCCCUCAGCAACUCCGAACCACUGCCACGGAUCUCCUGAAGAUCAAGCAUCCAGUCCUGCUGGCUGGUAUGAACGUGGCAGCUGGCCCUAGAUUGGCAGCCGCAGUUACCAACGCUGGAGGACUUGGUGUUAUUGGUGGUGUUGGCUACACCCCAGACAUGCUCCGGGAACAGGUUGCAGAGCUCAAAAGCUAUCUGAACGAUAAGAAUGCUCCCUUUGGCGUGGAUCUUCUCCUUCCGCAGGUUGGAGGGAGUGCAAGAAAGACAAACUACGACUAUACCAAGGGCAAGCUCAACGAGUUGAUUGACAUCAUCAUUGACUCUGGCGCGAAGCUUUUCGUCUCGGCCGUGGGUGUACCGCCAAAGGAAGUGGUGGACAAGCUGCACAGACAUGGCAUUCUAUACAUGAACAUGAUUGGUCACGUCAAGCACGUGAAGAAAUGCCUUGAUCUCGGUGUCGACUUGAUAUGUGCUCAGGGUGGUGAAGGCGGUGGCCAUACCGGUGAUAUUCCCACCUCAAUACUCAUCCCCGCCGUCGCCAAACUCUGCGCCGAAGCUCCUCCCUCCAAGUUCACCGGCCAGCCUGUCCAGUGCAUCGCGGCGGGUGGUAUCUUCUCCGGCGCAUCCCUGGCAUCGGCCCUGAUGCUCGGUGCAUCUGCAGUCUGGGUCGGAACACGCUUCGUGCUUUCUGAGGAAGCUGGUGCGCCCAAGGCACACCAGGAAGCCGUCCGAACUGCAGGCUUCGACGACAACAUUCGAACCAUCAUUUUUACCGGUCGGCCUCUGCGGGUGAGGACCAACGAGUACAUUAAGAACUGGGAGGAGAAUCGGCAAGCCGAGAUCAAGGAGUUGACGGAGAAGGGCGUCAUCCCGGUUGAACACGACUUCGAGACCAAAGGUGACGACCUUACGGACGAGGACAUGGAGAACGCUCGCCCCUUCCUGAUGGGCAAAGCUGCCGCCGUGGUCAAUGAGAAGAAGAGUGCCCGCGAGAUUGUUGAUGAGCUCGUCAACGACGCCGUCAAGUGCCUGCAGACCGGCAACGCGUUGAUCGUCUCCAAGAGCAAGCUGUGA